AUGACCCAAACACUUGACCGUAACUCGAUUAACAGGAAACCGAUUACACAUGCGCCGCCAAUCGUCAAGCUCAUGCUGAAUACAACUUCAAGCCUUGAACUCACCAAUGCAAAUUUGAAAUACGUUCCUAGGACUAUGAAAGUGGAUUUCCAACUUCCUUCCAACACUGAUGAGUGUCCAUUCACCGUCCAGCCGUCAAAACUAGAACCCAUUUUUCAACCUUAUAGGUUUUAA